CCCCUCCAUUUUAUCAUACAAAUAAAGGCAAUUGACAAUUCUUUCAAUGAUUAUCUUGGAUAAGAUUUUCUCCAGAACUUUGAAACGAUUCAACUUCAGUCCCGCAAUGAGCUUCGCUGUUGAAAGACACCCUAUUACUAGUCCCUGUCUUUUUUUAAAAAUCAUUUUAUUUAUCCGAUUUUGAUUUGAAGAACUGAAACGAAGUUCAUUUUGACAUUUUAUACGUGUUCUGUACACAGUUCGAUGACAGUGCCCCCAUGUGGAUUCGUUAAUAAAGUGAGAACCAGAGAAAAUAAAAGUUACCGUAUCACAAACUUACACAGAAGGAAACAGAACCUUCAUUAGUUAGAAAAAAUCAAUAACAAAGUGUCAUCUCGUUUUUCAACAUAGCAAAACAUAUCUAACACUUUUGUGUAUUUUCACUUGUGUCAUCGGAAACAUUGAAUACUAUCUUACGAUUCCCUUGGAAUCAAGAUUUCCGGGCGAGUACUUGUUAACAAAGAAAAUGGGUGUCAACGACCAAUCUCCUACAUCCAAACUAUCCCUUGAAACAUUUCAGGAUAUUUUUGGAAAACUUGAGCCGGGAUUGGUAAUUGAUUCGUAUGAAGAAGCACAGGGAUCUGGUCGUGGAGACAAUUACACCGCUACUCUGUACCGCAUCCAAUUGACGGGUCAUCGUAUGGGCACAUCAUCAGCUGCUGAUGAUGAUGAAGACAAGCAGCAGAAGUGGGAAAAAAGCGUAAUAUGCAAGAGACUUCCGGAAAAUACAGCUAGACGGGAGGCAUAUAAAAGUGAUAAGCUUUUUAGGAAUGAAGUUGAAUUUUACACAAACUUAAUGCCAGAACUGAUACGAUACCAAAGGACUAAAACAGAUCGCACAUUUCAAGCAAUUCCUAAAUGUUACCUUGCACGCCAAGAUCUUUUAAUUAUGGAGGAUCUUCGUACUCGUGGUUUUAAAAUGCCCGAUCGAAAAAAUGGUUUGAGUGUUGAUGAAGUUAAUAGUGUACUAACUGAGGUUGCAACCUUACAUUCGCUCAGUUUAGCCUACAAAUUUCAAAAUCCCAAACAAUUUCAAAACCUAAAGGAGAUUAUCACAGAGGGUUUAUUUUGUUCUACAAAUGAACUGUGGUAUAAAAACUAUUACGAACAAUUGACCAAUAAUGCGAUAAAUAUGGUUUCAGAUGUCCUCCCUAGUGACUCAAAAUAUGUUCGUGCCAUGAAAGAUUUUAUUGGAAGUCCAUCAUUCUUUACGCAAAUGAUUGAAAUUGUUCAUACUGAAUCACAAUUAUCGGCGAUCUGUCAUGGGGAUUGCUGGGCAAAUAAUUUCCUAUUUAAGUAUAAUUGCAAUGGAGAUGUUCAAGAGGUUUGUUUAGUAGAUUUCCAACUUAUUCGAUAUAGUUCAAUAGCAUUGGACAUUGCCAACUUACUUUAUUGCUGCACUAGCAAAUCAAUGCGUGAUGAACAUUUGUGUUCUUUUACCAAACACUACACCACCGAACUGUAUAAAUCGCUCAAAGUACUCUGCAAACUACCCGAAUUCCUAGAUACUGAAGAAAAGUUAGAAACGCUGUUUGCCACCGAAUUAAAGUCAUAUGGAAAAUUUGCUCUUGGUCUUGCUCUGGAUAUUAUCCCUAUCAGUACUUGUGCAUCGGAGGACGCUCCUGAUUUAUAUCUUGUCUCAAGAACAGAUUCUUCAUCUGGAGCACCAGAAUUAAAUUUCCCUCCAAAUGACUUGUGCCGCCAAAAAAUGUCAGAUGUUCUCAUCGAUAUGGUUGAUGGGGGAAUGGUUUAGAAACUCUCGCCAAAAGAAAAAUCCACGACAAUAGUUAAAUUCAAGUUCAAAAUAGCAACAAAACUCAAAUAAAAAUAUAUAAGGAUUCUUAAA